AUCCAGACCCACAUAAGUAGAUACUGUGAGAAAAAGAGCGGCUUCGGUCAAGAAAUUGCUGUCAAUACACUGAUUUUCGACCACACCGCCUCUGACACCGCGUCGAAAGAUGCUGACGAUAACACUGAAGACCCUCCAACAGCAAACGUUCAAAAUAGCAAUAGACCCAGAAUUGACGGUGGAAGCCCUGAAGGAGAAAAUAGAGGAGGACAGAGGAAAAGAUGCAUUUCCUGCUGCAGGACAAAAACUCAUCUAUGCAGGCAAAAUCUUAAAUGAUGACACUCCGCUGAAAGAAUACAAAAUUGAUGAGAAAAACUUUGUGGUGGUCAUGGUUACCAAGCCUAAACCAGCCCCUCCUCCACAAGCAGCACCUAAGCCAACCCUCCAACCAGCUGCAACUCCAGAACCACCCUCAGACUCAGGCCCAGCACCGGCCUCUGGCCCAACACAAGUGCCCUUCACACCUACGCAUACAGAAUCUGCACUCACACCUGCCCCACAGUCAGUGCCUCCCUCUGAAUCCCCGCCCCCAGUCCCAGAAAACACCCCAGUGGCUUCUGUUAAAGCAACAGCAGCUCUGGACUCAAACACAGGCCCAGACCCAGCUCCAGCCUCAGCUGAAGCCGCUGCGUUAGCCUCUGCUCCAGUUCCUGCUGCUGAAGCUGUUCGGACAGCCCUGACCUCAGCCCCUGCACACUGCCCCCCUUCUACUGCCCAGCCAGAAGAGAAGCCAAGGGAAGACCCAGAGAAUCAACCAUCUGCAGCUGUACCAGUCCACUCCUCUGCUUCCAGCCUCGUUGAUGAACUGGGUCUCCUUGAAGAAGCAGCGUCAAUACUGGUGACAGGUCCAGCUUACGAGAACCUGGUGUCAGAGAUUAUGUCCAUGGGUUAUGAGCGGGAGCAGGUAGUCGCUGCACUCAGAGCCAGUUACAACAACCCAGACCGAGCAGUGGAGUAUCUGCUCAUGGGCAUUCCAGCAGAGGCCAGUGAUCCUCCACCUCAGGAGCCAGUCAGACACACUGCUCCAUCCAACCCCUCCCCCCCUACUGAACAACAACCACGGCAGCCGCCAGCAGCCUCAAACACAGGGCCGGUGUCUAGCAGCCAGCCUCCCUCUGCUGGUGGAGGCUCUGUCUCUACAGGGAACCCUCUGGAGUUCCUGAGGAACCAGCCUCAGUUCCAGCAGAUGAGGCAGAUAAUCCAGCAGAACCCAGCUCUCCUACCAGCUCUGCUGCAGCAACUGGGCAGAGACAACCCACAGCUGCUGCAGCAAAUCACGCAGCACCAGGAACGUUUUGUGCAAAUGCUGAAUGAGCCACGAGGUGGAGACACAGGAGGGGAGGGCGCUGAGGCCCAAGGGUCUCCACACACCAAUUACAUCCAGGUCACCCCGCAGGAGAAGGAGGCCAUUGAGAGGUUAAAAGCACUGGGCUUCCCUGAGGGCUUAGUCAUCCAGGCUUACUUUGCCUGCGAGAAGAAUGAGAAUCUGGCUGCUAACUUCUUGCUACAGCAAACAUGGGACGAUGAGUAACCAAACAUCACCUGACACAUCACCGUUCAGCAGAGGGCUGCAGAGUGGAUGACACUACUACACAACAUCCACCAGGGAGGAGCACGGGCCAACGAGGGAGAGGACAUUUGUUUUGUGGCGUGAUGAUGGUGAUGAUGAUGAAGACAUGCUGUUCAAAGUUAGCUGUGCUGCCUACUUUACAUUCUGCUGUGAUGAUCAUCGUAGGAGCUCACACAGAGCUGUGCCUCACUGCUGCUACAUCAUUACUGCUGCCGCUUGUGCCGAGUGAUGUGCCGAGAAAAGUCAUGCCAGAAAAUAUGCCAACAGUCUGCAUCACCUUCGCAGGCCAUUUCCCACAGGCUGCCUGUAGAACAUAUGUUAAACGUUGAUUACUGUACACGUACACGUACAGAAUAUUCACCUCAGAGGAAACAGUAUCUGUAGUGAAUAUAUGCAUAACAAAAACACUUUUUCAACAAGUUGGAUUUACCUGAAAAUGUGAUGCAAACCGUUGACUUCACCGUUUGAGCACUAACAUUGCUUUGUAUUUCAGGUCUGAUCAUUUCAUUUAUUCUGCUUCUUUUAUCCUAGGAAAAACAUCCCAAACACUAUCUCGAAAAUAUCUCUGAUUGAAUCAGUCCAAAUAGCACAAAUGUAUUCUAUUGGUGCAGUUUUGGCUUUUGUGAAAUCUGCAAGGUGACUGAAAUUGCUGCAUGAGUAUUUAAAAAUUUGCUGCCAAUUCCCGCAGAAAAAAAAGAAUUCGAUGAAAUGUUUGGAACGACAAAGACAUACAACACUCAGAGUCAAUAUGUUAAGAAAAUGCCUCAAAAUUAAAACUAUUUUAGAUGAAGUCAAAUACAAAACAGUAUGUGAAUAUGUCAUAAAUGAAUGCUUUGUAAGUCAAAAUGUGAACUAAUCAUUUCGACUCAAAAUCUCAAACUUAAAAAGAGUUCACAGUUUUGACUUGCUAUUUAAUCAUUUCUACUUAGUAAAAAAUAAUUUGACUGAGUUGAAAUUGGGACUUUUAUUUUAUUAAUUUGACUCCCCAUGAGUGUUUUGAUUUUGAUUAUUCCAAACGGAAAUGGACUGUAGACAUUCGAAGUUGGUCAAAUCUGUGUGUUGUAAGCAGAUUGAUUAACUCCAUGUCCAGAGGUCACAACAUGUUGCACUCCAUUUGGAACAUACAGUGAAUUACAUGUGCAUUCAUGGUAUAUUAUCACUGCUUGUGAUCAAGAUUAUGUGUGCUUUGAUAUUGUAUUUUGUGGGAGAAAAGCAUACACCCAGAUUCAGCACUCAGCUUGAAUUGUCGUUCUGGUCUUUCACUGUGGAGGGUUUGUUUUCUUAUUCUGCAGAUGAAGGAAUUUGAAGGUUGGUUACGAGGUGCCACAUAGCAUGCUGUGUGAGCUAGGUAUCUGACUUUUUAUUUUAAAGAAAAUGUGUGUUCUUUCUCAGUAUUUCCUUAGCUUGAAUGAUCAAACAUAGUCCACUUCCUAUUUUCAGACAAUCUGUUUCUAUUCAGUUUGUCUCAUAUCACAUAUUCUAUGCAUCUUAAAGCUGUAAGAGUUUGAGCCAUUGCUCCUUCAUGCCUUAUGGGUUGUUAAAGACUUGAACAUGUUUCAUUUUACAAAUGGUGGUAUAGUACGAUAUAGUGUUUUGCAUAUUUCAGAUGAUGAUCAUCAUUAGAGUUUUGAUUAUUGAUAAUCAGUUAUUGUUUCAAAAGUGGUUUAAAGGGAAUUUGAAUAAGUGCUAGAAGCCAAAACAAAAACAAAAAAAUCGUUUCAGCUUUCAGCAUGUGCUUUGCUGUUUUCUUUACUUCUUAUUGUGUUUGAACUGGAAAUGAUAGGAAGUUUUGUAUUAUAUUGUAUAUGGGGUAUACAAACUUUAGGGGAAAAGGCACUUUACUAUGUCAAAUGCUGCUGUUUAGCUGUGAGGGGGUGUUGGUUGCAUGAAACUGUUAUUUAUAGCAUGGCAGUGGGUUAGGAAUGAUGAAACCACCAGUGUGGUGUUGCUCUGAUCUCCGUUUGUCUGUUGUUUUACCCAUUUUGUCAUUUUUUUGUUUUCUUUUUGGGUUUAUAAAAAAUACUUACAACCUUAAAUACACAGUUGGGGUUUUGCUGAAGAGUUGUGAAAAAACUUUUGUCUCAGCAUUGUGUAAAAUAAAUGGCUUUUAUAAAG